AUGGGUCUGGCAGGAACGCUGAAUGCUCUCAACUUCUCCCCCCUGUCAUCACUUGUCAGUCUCAACCUCACAUUCAACAACUUCUAUGGAAGCAUCCCUACCACCAUAGCUGUUCUUUCCAAGCUCACCACCCUUGAUCUCUGCACUAAUAGCUUCACCGGGAUAAUUCCACUACAGAUAAGCUCUCUGACAAAGAUCAACUCCCUGAAUCUUAGUGAUAAUCAGAUAAGUGGUUCCAUCCCUCCUUCGCUAAGUAAUAUGACAAGGCUUAACUUCCUAUACCUAUUCGGAACUAAUCUUUCAGGUUCUAUCCCUGAGGAAUUAGGAAGGCUUGAGAAUCUGUUGCACUUGGAAAUCUCAUACAACCAGCUAACAGGUUCCAUCCCUCCCACUUUGGGAAAUUUAACUCGGCUUCAAUUAUUGGAUUGCCAAAACAAUGAGAUAUCAGGUUCCAUCCCUCCUGAAUUAGGAAAUCUCGUAAACCUGGAUAUUUUAGCUUUAGGUAAUAACAAUCUGACAGGUUUCAUCCCUCGUAGCUUAGGAAAUUUAACCAAGCUUAACGGUUUGUACCUUUGGCGCAAUCAUCUCUCUGGCUCCAUUCCUCCUGAAAUAGGAAACCUAGUGGAGUUAACUAUGCUCACAUUCUCACAAAACAAUUUAAUAGGUUCCAUCCCCACCAGCUUAGGAAAUUUAACCAAGCUUGAAAUCUUGCACCUUUAUGAAAAUCAGAUCUCCGGAUCAAUUCCUCAUGAAUUAGGAAACUUGAGGAAGCUUAAUGAGUUAUCAUUGCAGAUUAACCAAAUCUCUGGCUCAAUCCCUCCAUCUUUUGGUAGCUUAAUCAACCUCAAUGAUUUGCGCUUAGGCGACAAUCAACUAUCUGGUUCUUUGCCUCAGGAAUUUAAUAAUAUUAUAAAUUUGAAACUUCUUCAAUUGGCAAACAACAGUUUUUCUGGCCAUAUACCCCAUGACAUAUGCAAAGGAGGGGUUCUAACUCAUCUCGCUUUAAACAAUAACCAUUUUGAAGGUCCGAUUCCCAAAAGCUUGAAAAACUGUACAAGCCUAAGUAAAGUCCAACUUGAGCAAAACCAACUAUCCGGGAAUAUAUCUGAAAAUCUUGGAGUGUAUCCACAUAUGUGGUAUAUUGAUUUAAGCUUCAAUAGACUGUCUGGUAAGCUCUCACCAAAUUGGGGAGGAUGUCAUAAUUUGUCGCUUUUAAGAGUCUCCAACAAUAUGGUUACAGGAAUCAUACCACCAGAACUCGAAAAGUUAACUCAACUACAAGAACUCGACCUUUCAUCAAACUAUCUAUCAGAAGAUAUUCCAAAGGAUUUGAGCAAGUUAACUAAACUAUAUAUACUGAAUUUGAGCAACAACCAACUUGUUGGAGAG